AUGUGGACAGUGGGAGUACGGUGACUGAUUUUCUGGAGGAAGAGCGUCGAAGAGGCAUCACGAUUCAAAGCGCUGCUGUUGGUCCUUUCAAAUGGAACAUUAGCCCUGCAGCAAUGAAUAUCGAGCGUCAAGAUCAGCAAGAAAGGACUGCAAAUGCAAAUGCAAAUGCAACUGCAACUGCAACUGCAUCGCCAUCUUCAUCCGCAUCCGCAUCCGCAUCCGCAUCCGUGCCCAGCAGAGCUAACAUCACCCUGGUGGAUACGCCGGGACAUGUGGACUUUACCAUCGAGGUGGAGAGAGCACUUAGAGUCGUAGACGCUUGCGUCGUCGUGCUGGACGGCGUGGCGGGCGUGGAAUCUCAAACGAGGAACAAUUGGAACAUUUCUGCUCGGUGAGUCUGGGCGUUGGCUUGUAUGCGGCGAGGCACAGGAAGCAAAACCGUUUGGCUCACGUUGACGUUGCCCCCGCUCCUUCGCAUGUGUGCGCGCGUCCCACGCUGGCACGGCCACGGCAGGUAUGGACUACGAUCUCACAUGGUCUUCAUCAACAAGCUGGACCGAGCUGGUGCAUCCGUCUCUCGUUGUCUACGCUCCAUCAUCCGCACCCUUCAUCCCCAACCUCUUUUGCUCCAACUACCCAUCCCAGCUAUCAAAGCCUCCUCGGCCGAAAGCACAACCCUGGCAGGUCUCAUCGACCUCCUUCAUCUUCGCGCUCACACUUAUACAGGCGAAGCGGGCGAGGUGAUGAAAAGUUUGGAGUUGCAAGAGGCGAUGGCAGAGGGACUUGUGCAAGAGGAAUUGGCGAGGGAGUGCAAGAGGGCUAGACAUGCCCUGGUGGAGAGCGCAGCUUCUCUGGACGAUGAGCUGUUGGAAGAAUUGUUGGAUCUGGAUGCUUCAUCUCAACGCGCAACAAGCACAGCUUCUGCUCACGACAAGGUAUCGGCGCAAAGCUUGCUAAAGGCUCUGCGUCGCCUCGUUCAGCGAGGAACAGCAUUGCCUGUUCUGCUAGGUAGCGCGAUGAAGGGCAUAGGAGCACAAGACGUCCUCGACUAUGUAGUGCAGCUCUUUCCUAGUCCCGAUCAGGCUGGCGAUCCGGACGCUUCGAGGCAGAGGGGCAUCAAAGAAGAGAGCGGUGCCGUUUGGGCUGAACUUUCGCCAGAAGCGGAUAACGGCAAGGGCGGCAGAACGACGAGAAGGGGAAAUACGUCGACAAUUGCAUCGGGACAGACUAGAGGUAGAGGUGGCGGUGGCAGUGGCGCUGUGCAAGAAGCAACUCCUGUCCCUGCUGCCGCCAGUGCUUUAUCAGGCGCAAGUCUGGACGCAGACAACCGCGUAGCCGUGAGCAUAAACGAUUCGGAGCUCUCGCUGCUCGCUUUCAAAGUGGUGCACGAUAAGCGCAGAGGUCCAUUGACUUUUGUGCGCAUCUAUUCGGGCACCAUGACUCGAAGCACUACGCUGUUCAAUACGAGUAGCGGAGAAAAGGAGAGGAUAAGCAAGAUGAUGCACGCUUUUGCGGAUCGGUACGACGAGACUUUGUCCUUGGGAGCGGGACAGAUUGGCGUGCUUUUCGGAUUGAAGGAUACUAGGACUGGAGAUACGCUGGUCGAUCUCAAAACUGUCAAUACAUCAUUUCCAAAGGCGAAAGGGAAAGCAGGAGCUUCGACGACGACGACAACGACAGCGAUGCAAACGCCUUGGGCUAGACAUGCCAAAAGACUUCGACUUAGAAAGGUGCAUGUUCCACCGCCCGUCUUUAGCAUGUCUGUCGAAGCUCGCUCCAAAUCGGACGAGGAAGGGGUGCACGAAGCCUUGUCCAUGCUAGUCCGUACGGAUCCCAGCCUUCGAUUGGAUCAGGGACAACAGCGGCAGAAGCAAAGACAAGGUUGGUCCGCAUCCACCUUUGACUCGUCCUCAUCGUCAGCAGCAGCAGAAAUGACGAGUUUGGGAUCGGCAGGAACGGGACAGACGGUGCUUUCGGGAAUGGGAGAGCUGCACUUGGAGAUUGCCAAAGGACGCUUGACGGAAGAGUUUGGAGCGAAUGCGAGGAUGGGAAGCGUCAGGGUAUCGUAUAGGGAGACUUUGAGAGACGAGACGAAAAUCUGCACGGUCAGCGAGGUGCUGGACAAGGAUGUGCUGGGAAAAAGGCUCAAGGCGGCCAUCACGCUGGAUGUGAGGAGGCUUAGGCAAGAAGAGGAGGAAGAAGAAGAAGAGACGGAUGAGUUGGAAAGGUUGGGAGGUGGCAAUAGACUCGAAAUUCGACUUGGAGAUGCGGAAUUUGGAAACGAGUCUAGAUCGGCUGCGCAAAAGGCGGAAAGCAUUGCCAGACAUGAGAAAGGAGGAGGCAAACAAUUCGUGGAGGAGGAGGAGCAGUCUACAGGUGCUGCGGGUUCAGGCAGCAACAGUGGCAGCGCAUCUGCAUCCGCAUCCGCAUCAUCGCCCAUUCAUCCCGAUACGCUCACUCCUCAAGCUAUGCGCCAAGCAUUGCGAGCAGGCAUAACCGCUGCGCUCUCUCGCGGUCCGUUGACUUCCAACCCGAUAGAAGGUCUGCGCAUCACUUUGCGAAGUCCUCAAACUUUCGGAGCAGAAUUCACGCCGGCUAGAGCUCUUUCCAUCGUUGCUCGUACUGCUCUUUUGCGCGCCCUGA